CCCGUAUUCUUUGUGUGGCAGCGUAGAGAAGCGCCAAAAGAGUGACCAUGGCUGAUGAAAAACCAAAGGAAUCGGUCAAGACAGAAAACAACGAACACAUCAACCUGAAGGUAGCGGGUCAGGAUGGAUCGAUAGUGCAGUUCAAGAUCAAAAGACACACGCCGCUCAUCAAACUCAUGAAGGCCUACUGCGACAGACAGGGACUUUCAAUGAGGCAAAUCAGGUUCAGGUUUGACGGGCAGCCAGUAAAUGAGACGGACACACCAUCGCAGUUGGAAAUGGAAGAUGAAGAUACAAUUGACGUGUUUCAACAACAGACUGGAGGCCUCAUUUAAUCAACCGCAAAUGCUUCACCAUU